CUCGAGAUUUCGUGAACCCUCCUGCGUUCCCGGGCACGAGCAUAUAUCCCACCAAAGUGCUUGAUGCCUUCGACCGUCAAUCUCGAUCAAUUCCUCCCCCACUCAACGACCAAAACACAUCGCGGUCCCCCGUCAUGGCGCCUCUCCACUCUUUGCUCGCGCUGAUGCUCCUCGCCGCUCCCGUCCUCUCGGAUUCAAACUCCUGUUAUUCUCGAAACGGCCAUCCGGCCGACUCUGCUGCCAUCUGUUGGGACGCAGCCCUGGGACCGACCGACUUAUGCUGUCAACCAGGCGAUCUGUGUCUCAACAACACGCUCUGCGCCACUGCGUCCGGGGACCUCUACCUUGGCUUCUGCCGAGAUGCGACGUGGUCAAGCGCGGGAUGCCCAAAUUUCUGCGCCGGCGCCGAAAGCCUGACGCCUAUUCAGGCGUGCAUCAGUGAAGGGUUCGGCUACUGCGGCAUCGAGCACGCAGAUUGCGACGGUCCUCCUCAUGACCAAUCGUUCGUUUUCAGCUUGUCGAAAAACGUCAGUGCUUAUGCCACAGCAGGCACACCGUUAAAGCGAUCACCAGUGAUGGCGGUGGAGACGACGACGGCAGAGCAGCCGACGACGACAGAGCAGCCGACGAUGGCCGAGCAGACGACGAUGGCAGAGCAGACAACGACGACGAUGACGAUGACGACAACGGCAGAAGACGCGACCGCAAGCCAAGAGGCCGCAAGCACGACUGCACCCAACACGGUACAGCCCUCGCCGGCACAGCCAGUCACCGAACUGUCGAGCUCCACACCCAUCUCAUUGCCCGGCAGCGUCUUUGUGACGCUGCCCACGCCGCAAUCCUCGGCUGGACCGCCUCCACCGCCGCCACCGCCUCCCAUUGAAACGGCAGUGAGCACGACGUCAACGGCGACAACGACGAUACCUACGUUGUCCCCGAUACCUACGUCGGCCGCGGCAGGACAGACAUCUUCGACGGCGGUCCCUUCCGACACCCCGCAAGACGACAACAACGCCAGCUCGGCCGUCCCGAUCGGCGUCGGCGCCGGCGUUGGCGCUUCGGUGGUGAUCGCUGCCGGCGCCCUGGGCUUCUUCUACCUGCGGAAGCGGCGGCGCCAGGCACCCGUCCGCGCUGAGACGCCGCCGCCGCUCGAGUUCCCGUUCCCGGACAGCCGUAUCCCGGCCUGGCCGGCCGUGCCUUCUGGAGCGAAGCUGCCCGACAUGCACGGCAACAACCGAUACGUGGAUCGAUACAUGGCGGAGCUGGGAGGUGUUCCGAGGUUUGAACUGCCUUGAGGGCGAGGGUUGGCGAGAAGAGAACAGGGGUUCAAGGGGAUCAAGGCAGGGUGCACUGUUGUUUUAUUCC